UUUCUUCUGCUGUGGUGCCUCCUCCCGAGUUUGUAAUGCCGCGGGGGCGAAGAAGGCCCAGCCGUGGCAGCGGGUCCCGCGGGCAGCCGGUGCUGAGUAGAUUCUUCCAGCCGGUGGGAUGCCUGCUUUCAGCCGCUUCUGCCUCGGCUCCUCUUUCUGCUGCUGUCAACUCGGAUGAGGAGAGAAGUGAAGGCUCUUUGGCAGUCCCCGCGGUUGCCCUGCAGACGAGUCAUGAACCCAGUGGGAAGAAGAGAAAAGGUGUGGAAAUUAAAGAACAUACAGAUAAUUGUUCAGAGUCUCUGAAGAACAGAAAAAAGGAAGAGGGAAAUACAAUGAGUAUGCUGAACACUGGAGAACCAAAGAAAUAUACCAGCCCUCGAAUAUGUGCACAAACCCUUGAUAGAUUGAGAGCGUUCUCUAAUCAUUCGGAACAUUCAAGUAGUACGGUUCGUUCAGAGGAAAUCCCUUCUGUGGACUUGAAAAAAUGCCAGCAUUCUGUGCUUGAAACUAAUGAAAUGAGUGACACUCCAUAUCCUCAAGACAAUAGUAAGGAAGAAAUCAGGCUAAGUAUAAGCCCAUAUUCUGUCUUGAAAACAAAUACUGAAGACACUCAAAAUAAAUCUGAUGCAACUCUGAACAAAACAACCAAAACUGGAUAUACACCACUUGAGCUCCAGUUCUUAGAAAUGAAAAAUCAGUAUAAGGAUGCUAUUUUGUUUGUUGAGUGUGGUUAUAAGUACAGAUUUUUUGGAGAUGAUGCCGAGAUUGCUGCUAAGGAGCUGAACAUCUUCUGUCAUAAAAAUCACAACUUUAUGACUGCAAGCAUUCCAACUCACAGACUAUUUGUUCAUAUUCGGCGUCUUGUAGCAAAAGGAUAUAAGGUAGGAGUUAUAAAGCAAAUGGAAACUGCUGCUUUGAAGUCUAUUGGAGAGAAGAGAAGUUCCCUUUUUGCGCGAAAAUUAACUGCAUUGUAUACAAAAUCUACCCUUCUAGGAGAAGAUGUGAAUCCUCUUCUGAAGCAUGAUAAUCUUUUGGAAGCUGAAGAAAUACUAACUGAUGUCUGUGAUAAUUAUCUUCUUUGUAUUUCUGAAAGCAAAGAAAAUGUAAGGAAUAAGAAUCAGAACAUUGUCAUAGGCAUAGUGGCUGUCCAGCCUACUACAGGAGAAGUUAUCUUUGACAGUUUUAAGGAUUCUGCAGUUCGUUUAGAGUUGGAAAGUCUAAUUUUUCGCUUGCGGCCUGUUGAGAUUAUUCUUCCUAAAAAUGUAUCAGAUCAAACUGAAAAGCUCAUCAACUCUGUGACUUCUGUAAGUUUACAAGAUGACAGAAUUCGAAUAGAGAGAAUGGAAAACAAGAAUUUUGAGUACAGCAAUGCUUUCCAGCUUCUUACAGAUUUCUACAGCAGUCGCACACUUGUUGGCACAGGUUCCCAAGCACUGUCUAUGAUUUUAAACUUGGAUAAACCGGUGUUAUGCUCUUUGGCUGCUGUACUCAUGUAUCUUAAAGAAUUCAAUUUAGAAAAAAUACUCUACAGCCCUGGUAAUUUUAAACAGUUAUCAAGUGAAGCUGAAAACAUGACACUUAAUGGGAUCACACUGAAGAAUCUUGAAAUCUUACAGAAUCAAACUGAUAUGAAAGCAAAGGGGAGCCUGUUCUGGGUCUUGGAUCAUACACAAACUUCAUUUGGCCGGCGAAGAUUAAAGAAAUGGGUAAUGCAUCCUCUCUUGAAAUCGAGUGAAAUUAAUUCUCGACUUGAAGCUGUGUCUGAGGUUCUCCUGUCAGAAUCAAGUGUCCUUGGUCAAAUUAAGACUCUCCUGUAUAAGGUGCCAGAUGUUGAGAGAGGAAUCUGUAGUAUUUAUCACAAAAAGUGUUCCACUCAAGAGUUCUAUCUGGUGGUUAACACACUCUCCCAGUUGGAAACAGCAAUCACAGCACUGGUUCCAGCUAUACGUACUCAGGUGCAAGCAGCCUUAUUACGUGAGAGCCUCUUGGAAAUUCCUGAAUUACUUUGUUCAACAAAAAAGUAUUUAAGCAGACUUAAUGAAGAUGCAGCAAAAACUGGAGACAAAGCGGAAUUGUUCAAGGAUCUUGCAGAUUUUCCUGUAAUAAGGAAGAGGAAGGAUGAGAUUCAGGCAGUAGUUUGUCAGAUGCGGACACACCUUCAGGAUAUACGAAGAAUGCUAAAUUCCCCCUCUGUAGAUUAUGUAACAGUAUCAGGACAAGAGUUUCAGAUUGAAGUUAAAAAUUCCCGUGUGUCUUCUGUACCAUCAGACUGGAUUAAAGUUAGCAGCACAAAUGCCAUCAGCCGUUUCCACACUCCUUUUAUUGUAGAAAAUUACAGACAUCUGAAUCAGCUACGUGAGCAACUAGUCCUUGACUGCAGUGCUGAAUGGCUACACUUUUUGGAUCAUUUUACUGACCAUUAUCACUCAAUCGCUAAAGCUGUGGGUCACCUAGCAACUGUUGACUGUAUCUUUUCCUUGGCUGAGGUUGCCAGACAAGGAGACUAUUGCAGACCUGUCAUAAAAGAUGAACAGUCAGAGAUAAUGAUAAAAAAUGGGAAGCAUCCAGUGAUAAAUGUAUUAUUGGGAGAGCAAGAGCAGUAUGUUCCAAAUGACACACACUUAUCUGCAGAUGGUCAAAGGGUAAUGAUAAUUACUGGGCCUAACAUGGGUGGAAAGAGUUCUUACAUAAAGCAAGUUGCAUUGAUAACUCUAAUGGCACAGAUUGGUUCCUAUGUACCAGCUGAAGAAGCAAGAGUUGGUAUUGUGGAUGGCAUAUUCACCAGAAUGGGUGCCACGGACAACAUAUUUAAAGGUCACAGUACAUUUAUGGAAGAGCUGACAGAUACAGCUGAGAUAAUUAGAAAAGCAACUUCACGUUCACUGGUAAUAUUGGAUGAACUGGGGAGAGGCACUAGCACACAUGAUGGGAUUGCAAUUGCUUAUGCUACUCUGGAGCAUUUUAUUAGAGACGUGGGUUCAUUGACACUAUUUGUCACCCAUUAUCCUCCAUUGUGUGAAUUAGAAAGAGCCUACCCAAGGCAAGUUGGAAAUUACCAUAUGGCUUUUAUGGUGAGCGAAGAUACCAAGGAACAAGAAAAGGAAUGUGAAGAAAAUCCUGAAUUUGUCACUUUCCUUUAUCGACUAACAAGAGAAGUUGCUUCAAGGAGUUAUGGACUAAAUGUUGCAAAAUUAGCAGAAGUUCCUGAAGAAAUUAUUAAAAAGGCAUCUCAAAAAUCGAAACAGCUAGAGAGAUUAACAGAUAUGAAGAGAAAAAGACUAAUGGCAUUUGCUAGACUUUGGAAUACUAAUGAUGCUGGAGAAUUGCAAAGAUGGAAAACUGAAUGUGAAACAGAUACAGAUUUGAGCCAACUGUAAAAAUUCCUCAAAACUUGCCAAUUGAAAUUGGAAACAGUAUAGGUUUAAUAUAAAUUAUCCUACAAAGAAAUAUAUACAUACAUUGUGACAUUUUUUGAACACAGAGAUGGAUUUUAACAAGCUAAUGACUGAGUCAUGUGGUCAUUUUUGUCAUUUUUUGUAUAAACUGCACCACAAAGGUAGUUAUACAGUGGAGAAUGCAAAGUUAGAAGCUGUCACUGGGCACAGAGGCUUUCUACUCCAACUUAUUUCCUAAUCAGAAUUAUCCUCUUGAAGUUGCACAAUGGAGAGAAACAUAAAGGUAAUAAUUAUGGUAUAUUAGGAUAUAUAGUCCCCCUUUUUUCUGGAGGAAGUUAUGUAAUUAAAGUAAAAAGAUACGAACUGUUAAGCCUACUGCAGUGACUUGAUUCAUUUUGGAAACCGCCUGUACCUGCUUUAAACUUUCAGAUAAAAAGACAUGGGAGAUUUGUUUGUGGGUCUUCUGACAACUUGCCUGGUUUGGGUCCGUAUAAGUUGCUGUAAUUGGAAAUCAUUGCAGAAUGUACCUUUCAUGUGGUACUUUCUUGACAUCAUUAUGGGCAAUCUUGUAAAGAAAAUAUGUUGCAAAAAUAGUCCAUAUGGAUAGGUUUCAACUAUUAUUUAAAUGCAAUUGACAUUGUGUGCACAAACCUGAUUUUUAUUUUUUCAAAUUGCUUAAUGUCUAGCGAGCUUAAUUCACUGAAAAUAAAAGCAUUGUAUAACAUCCUCCCAUAUUAUGUAUCCUACAGGCGAUAUGCAUUCAUUCUUAUAAUUUCAUUUUAUUUAUGUGCUGUUUGAUGAAGUUGCAUAUAAUUACUGACUGAAAACAUGAAAAUUGUAUUUAUAACUUUUAGAAAUAAUUUUGUAUUUAAUAAAAUAAUGGCAUUAAAGGGUU